GCUAAUUCCUUAUUUAUACCGAUAACAAUCCCGAAAUAAUAAAUUAGUACACAUUUAGUACUUAAUUAAAAUACAAAAGUGGCAAAAAAAAAUUGUUUUAAUAUUUAACGUAUCAUGUUUUGAGGACGAUUAAUUCAGUUAUACCCUCGAAAUGAAGCCUGGAAAAAAAUACUAUAUGCUUCUGAUGGCUACCGUUGCUGUAUACUUCAUGGCCUCAAAAAUGGUGUUUGAUAAAGUUAACGAAACGUCGAAGGUGGUGAUAGAUGAGUUGUUCCACAUACCUCAAGGGCUGUCCUGUUGCAACGGCAACUUCAGCUACUGGGAUCCAAAAAUAACAACACUCCCUGGACUCUAUCUUGUAACAGCAGCAUUCAUCGGUUCCUACAUACCAUGUGACACAUACAAUCUAAGAUUCAUUAACUUAGUGGCGUCGUGUCUAAAUCUGAUUCUAUUCUCGUCAAUUCUACAGUUCAUCUACGGCAACCAAAACAAGAGUCAAUUCAAAAUUAUAUUGCAGGCAUUAAACUUAGCGUUGCUGCCUCCUUUGUAUUUUUUCUCGCAUGUAUACUAUACAGAUACACUGUCUUUACUAUUUCUACUGAUGUUUUCGACAUUGUGUUUUAUUAAUAAGUCUAAAUAUUUUAUAUUCAUAUUCGGCGUGUUAAGUGUGUUAAUGAGGCAGACCAAUGUGGUGUGGAUCGCUAUGGUUUUCGGGCAUAAGAUCCUCGAUAUACUUAUAAGGAGCUCUAGAGUGUUCGGCAAUCGGUACUUAACGAAUACUACGUUGAGCAAACGAUCUCUCAUAGCCAGAGACAUUGAUGCUUCCAAGUUGAAACGUUAUUACGGCAUAUCAGAUGUGUAUAUCGCAUUGAAAUAUCACCUAUCAACGUUUUUCACAACCACUUUCCAAUUUAUAACAGUCACGGAUUGGUUCGUUAUCAUACAGCAGUUAACGAUUAUGAUACUAUUUGUUGUGUUCGUUUAUCUCAACGGUUCGAUCGUUGUCGGUGACAAGGACUCUCACACAGCGACCCUUCAUUUACCCCAGCUGUUAUAUUUCCUGCUCUUCUACGGCGUUUUCGGUAUUCCGUAUGUCCUAAUGAAAUUAAUGUCGACACUGAAAUUGUUAUUCCGUAAUAAGUUGUUAUCUGUUCUCAUAGCUGGAGUAUUUCUUUUUGCAGUCCAUUACAAUACAGAAGUCCAUCCUUACAUUUUAGCUGAUAACCGUCACUACACCUUCUACAUCUGGAAUCGCUGGUAUGGUAAAUACGACUAUGCUAAAUAUGCAACGGUCCCGCUGUAUGUGUUUCUGCUAUUCAGCCUGUACGAUAAUUUGAAGGAUCAGAACUGUAUAUCUUUUCUGUUGCCGUACUCAAUGUGUUUGUUCCUAGCGCUGGCUCUACAGCGUCUGGUGGAAAUCAGGUAUUUCCUCAUCCCAUAUAUAAUAUUGAGGUUAAGGUUUGUCCGUCCGUCACUUGAGACGGUCCUGCUGGAGUUUGUCUGGUAUGUUGUAUUGAAUGUAAUAACAUUUUAUAUUUUCUUCACUAAGGAGAUAGUUUGGAGCGAUUUCAGCGAAUUUCAGAGGAUUAUAUGGUGAUAUAUUUUCUGUUUAGGGCUUCGCCCCUGAGUCCUGGGUCCUUGGGGCGGAUGUAUCGUAUUUCAAUUAUGCCUACCAUAUGUGCCCAACGUCAAACUAAAUACGUCGCGUCUCAAGUUUUUUCGUCAUAAAUCUUCUCAAAUAGUAGUAUCGAUGUACGUACAUACAAAUGAAAAAAUUUCACACCAUCGGUAUUUAGUGUCCUUGCGAACCUGUAGUAAAGGUGCUGUACAGAAUUUAAUAAAAUACGAUUAAGUGAUUAUAAUUUUUCAAUUUAUUAUUAAGUGUGAUGUAUAAAAUAAAUUUAAUUUUUUUUUAAAUUAUAUUUUCAUUUUUCGACUUGUAUAUAUUAAAAAAUAAAUUUUGUCAAUUAA